UCCCAAAUCUAGUGUCCCUUUCUGUUAGGAACCGAUCAUCAGUUGGAAACCAGUCGAUUGAGUCAAGAGCUUCGAAAGCUGAGAACCUGGAAGCUGAAGCUGAGGACUUGAACGUUGUGGACUGAUACGCAAAGUUCAGGACUGAUAUACAGAGUUUGGGGCUGACUGGCUCAUCAUGGCCAGAAUCAUCCCCAAAGGAACCGAUCGAGGAUUCAGGUCCUCACAAUUGGUAUCAGAGCAUGAUCGAUCCCUGUCAAAGCUUGAUCGAUCCCUGUCCGAGCUUGAUAGAUCCCAAUAUCAAUUGCGUCAGUCCCAAGAUCAAUUGAUGGCACAAAUGGAUGAGCUGAUGUUUCUGGUUCAAGAAUUUAGGAAUUCUAAGAAUCUGGGCCAAGGAAUCGUUGGGUCAGAGACGAGGAACAAUCGGCGAAUCUUGAGCUCAGAAUCAAGAAGCGAAUCAAGAAAACCCAUGUUUGAUUUCACUAAAAACGUCCAUCAAUCUCAGAGGAAGUUUGAUUUCACUGGUGUUCUUUCAAUGCCGAAGGCAACUCCUCUCUCUUCAAUGCCGAAGUCAACUCCAAUGAGAAGCGAUCUAAGCAGCAGCAGCAACAAGUACAAUAAAUGUCUUCGUUCUCAUCAAACCCCAACUCCUGUAACUAUUUCUUCCAAGAAAACUCAACAAAGGUGUUCGACGAAAUGCCUCAAAGAGCCGUUGAGAUCCAUCAAGAAACUGCAGGGGUCUUUAAGGCAUUCGCGGAGGAAGAAGAAGAUGAAGAAACCACAAUCUUCUCGUCUCCACCGACCUCCAACAUCUGAUGCAAGAAAGAAGAAGACGAAGAAGCCGCAGUCUUCUCGUUUCCACCGAAAGUCAAAGCUCAAGAAUCCGCCACGGCCAAUCUCAAGCAAGAGAAAGUCAAAGCUCAAGAACCCACCAUGGCCAAUCUCAAGGAAGAAGAAGAAAAAACCCAACAAGAAAUCGCCAUUUUCGAACGGUUACGGCUUCUCCUCAGUUCUCAUCCUCAAGUUUCCGCCUAAUUUUGUUCGCCAGCUCAGCAACAAGGCUCGUCGGAACUGCAGCAACAUCGGAAUUGCUCAGGUCGUCGCGGCCUCUUGGGCCAACUCGCCGUCUGCCGAUGAGGAAUUGCAAAAGGUUGUGGAAUGUGAGUAUGUUGUUCGUGGAGAGAUCGUUAUCAAUGCUCAGCGCCUUCAAGAAGAGCUACAAAAGAAACCAGGUAGCCAUCCCUCUGUUGAGAUACUUAAUUGCAACAUUGGGAAUCCACAGUCUCUAGACCAGCAGCCAGUUACUUUUUUCCGAGAGGUUCUUGCUUUGUGUGAUUAUCCAACAAUUUUGGACAGAGAUGAAACUCAUGCCUUAUUCAGUGUGGAUUCCAUAGCAAGAGCUUGGCAGAUCCUAGACCAGAUUCCUGGUCGAGCUACAGGUGCAUACAUUCACAGCCAGGGUAUCAAAGGAUUACAUGAUGCAAUUGCAGCUGGAAUUGCUGCUCGUAAUGGUUAUCCUUGCAAAGCAGAAGAUAUAUUCUCAACCGAUGGAGCGAGCCCUGCUGUCCACAUGAUGAUGCAAUUACUGUCGAGGUCAGAGAAAGAUGGCAUCCUCUGCCCCAUACCUCAAUAUCCUUUAUACUCUGCUUCGAUUGCUCUUCAUGGCGACCAUUUUGUCCGAUAUUACCUCGUUGAAGAAAUAAGGUGGGGACUGGAGAUUUCUGAGUUUAAGAAGCAAGUGGAAGAUGCUCGAUCAAAGGGUAUAACUGUCAGGGCACUUGUAGUCAUAAAUCCCACGAAUCCAACCGAGCAGGUUCUUGCAGAAGAAAACCAGCGACAAAUAGUGGAAUUCUGCAAAAAAGAAGGUCUUGUUCUCCUAGCAGAUGGGGUCUACCAAGAAAAUAUCUAUGUUGCACACAAGAAAUUUAAUUCCUUCAAGAAGAUUGCACGAUCAAUGGGAUAUGAAGACCAGGAUAUUUCUUUAGUACCAUUUCAAUCAGUUUCUAAGGGUUGUGAUGGAGAAUGUGGAAAGAAGGGUAGCUAUAUGGAGGUUACCGGUUUUAGCACUGAAGUGAGAGAACAGAUUUAUAAGGUGGCAUCAGUAAAUCUUUGCUCAAAUAUAUCUGGUCAAAUUCUGGCAAGCCUCGUUAUGAAUCUACCUAAGGAAGGAGACGAAUCCUAUGAGUCUUAUGUUGUAGAGAGAUAUGGAUGCUGUCUGAAGACGAAUUCAAUCAACACUUUUGCGUACUGGUUUAAGAACUGUGAUGAGCUGAUUGAUUUCAAGGAGGGUGGGCAUACAAGCUUUGAGUAUGGGCGAUAUGGGAACCCAAUUACCAAGGUAUUGGAGAGGAAGAUGAGUGAAUUAGAGAGGGCAGAAACUACUUUGUUUGUGUCCUCUGGCAUGUAUGUCAGUUGUGCGGUGCUCUCAGCCCUGGUUCCUACAGGUGGCCAUAUCGUUACAACCACUGGUUGUUAUAGGAAGACAAGGAUGUUAAUUGAGAAUGAGCUUCCAAAGAGGGGAAUUAAGGCUGUCGUUAUUGCUCCUGCUGAUAUGGGCUCUCUUAAAAGAGCAUUGUGUGAAAAUAAAGUGACUCUUUUCUUUACGGAGUCCCCAACUAAGGUUAAAAAGUUUCAUACAUUUGACCUUGGGACAAGGUCAAAGUUAAGGGGAGGGAAUUGUUAGGAACCGAUCAUCAGUUGGAAACCAGUCGAUUGAGUCAAGAGCUUCGAAAGCUGAGAACCUGGAAGCUGAAGCUGAGGACUUGAACGCUGUGGACUGAUACGCAAAGUUCAGGACUGAUAUACAGAGUUUGGGGCUGACUGGUAAAGACUUUGAACUACAGGGGUUGUCUUGCAAACAGUUAGCUGAAUCUGUUUUUCUGUUAAACUGUUUGAGCACGUUUUGUUUUCUAAGCUUUGAAGUUGAGUUGUAUAAAUAGAAGGUUGUAAGGAUCAAACACUUAUGAUAUGAAUGAAAUGAAUUGAUUUCUUUCUCCUCAA